UAAGAUGACAUACGGUAAUUGACACAUUUGACAGCCAGUGUCCCGCAAGUUCGAGUAUUCUAAUUUUUCUAGUUUUAAAGAAUUAUUUUAACGAUUUUGACAUGGAAAUAAUUGAAUUUUCCGUGUAACGGCAAAGAAGGGUACAAUUUUCCAAUUGACGACUAGUUUUUUUCCAAUUAUCAGGAGUUUGGAGUCGUCGGGAAAAUGUUCCAGCAACAGUCGCAAAAUUCGCAAGGUGAUAUGAAAAAUGACGCUUCGACCGCUUCACAAGCCGCCGCCGAACCCACGGCGGAGAGUCUCAAGGAGUUGGGAAAUGCCUGCGUUCGCGGUGAAAAGUUCGCGGAGGCGCUCAUCCACUACAGCGCGGCGAUAAAGCUGAGUCCAAAGGAUCACGCUUUGUACAGCAACCGGUCUCUGGCGUUCCUGCGCGAGAAGCAGUUCUACUACGCCAACUUAGAUGCGGAGACUGCGAUCCAGCUCAAUCCCUCCUGGCCGAAGGGGCACUUCCGGAAGGCUGAAGUCAUGCUGGCCGUGGGGCAUUAUGACUUGGCGCUCCUUUAUUACGGUCGCGCCAUACAGCUGCAGCCAGGCGAUCGGACUCUGCUGCUGGCCGCCCAGAAAGCUGCAAAACUUAGCAAACAACAAGAGGAAUAUGAGCAUCGUUUACCAUGGGUCGGUGCCGGUAUCGGAAUUAUUGUGGGUGUGAUUAUAGCCCUCUCUGAUCGCCUUCUCACCAAAAAUCCAACCCUCAAACAUCCAGCGUUGAUGGUUUUUCUGGUCAUAAUUAUCGCUUGUUUAGGAUAUAUAAUUUCGCGAUGCAUUCGAUACUAUGUUCGAUUGCAGAAGAAAAGCUUGCUCGAGCCGCCUGUGGACCUAUUGGAAGAGUUCAAGCAAGAGCCGGACGACGAAGCAGAUGCCGAUGGCGAACCACACAUUCCGGCGAGUAGGACACGCUACACCAAAGCACAGGCUCGAAUGCGUUUUCGAAAAGGAAAAUCGUGAUCCGUAUCGGAUAGUGGAUGGAGGGAGAAGGAAGUGGGACAGUACGUUUAGGAUGGGGAGGGUUCCUUCCCUCCCGGUAUGGAAUAUUAUAGAAUGUUUGAGAUUUGACGGGCGGACAGAGAACUGAUGUUGAGAGGAUUCUACUGAAAGACUGCUUGUUGCGUACGUUGAUGCGCAAUAGACUUGAAUUUUCUAGUUUGCCCUUCGUUCUUCUAAUGUUAACCGAAUAAUUGUUUUUUUUUUCUGAAUGUGGAACAAUCAAAUUUCUUAGAUUUUAGUCGAAAUGACAGUAGAGAGCCGGAUCAAUAGCCUUUUCUACAUGUUGACACUGUGGCAGCAUUAAUAUUAUGAAAAAUUUUAUGGUAGAUAUGUAUAUGUAAGUGAGACUCGUCGAAAGAAUAAAUUCUGAAUAUAAAUCUG